UUUACGAGCCGCAGGCAGCCCAGAGCACAGCAUUCACUGGAAAUAACAACAGACCUAGGACCGCCGAAAAAGUAGAAUAUUUUGUGAUUUAUGCUACGCUUAUACGGUUACCGGUGAAUCUGACAAAAACGUGAGAUCAUUAUGGUAGGAACUGGGGCAUCCGAAGUAAGGUCUCAAAGCGAUAGCGGAAAAGAGCGUCCGUCAAAGUCGUCACUCAGUUGCAGUGCUACAUUUUGUCGCCAGGAUUUGGGUUUGGGCUAUUCAUGUACUCCGUAUCAUUUUGGUAACCGUUUAUGGGGUUUAGGAUGCAAACAUAAGGAAACGAAGCAAGCGGAUCGCAAUGUGGAAUCUAAACCAAAAGUGCCCGUCGUUGCGAAAAGAGACCUUCGAAUGCCAAACCUCAGAGAAUCGAUUGCACUUCAAAUCAAUAAAGUUGAACUGGAAGUUCCUCCGAAACCUAUCUGUCGUUUUUGUCUCGAAACAUCGGAACUAGCUCUGAUAGAGAUGUUUAAUCCCAAGUCGAAAUUUGAUGUUCCCACACCGGAUGACAUCUGGCAGUUGCUGGGGAUUGAGGUUAAACCUCGCGACAAACUCCCGAAAGGGAUCUGCGUUACAUGUCAGUCCAAAAUCAACUAUAUGAAACGAAUACGGAAACAGUUUCAGGAAAAUGAUCGUACAUUGCAAGAACAGCUCAAAGCAUUAAGCCCGACGGUUGAGCCUGUGCAAUCCACAGAAUCGGAAGAGCAAAAACCGGUAUUUCAAGAAGUUAGCGAGAGCGAACCGACGGAAGCAACCUGCACUGAAAAAGUCGUUAAAGUUGCUGAUUAUGCGUUAGAAGACGAAGCAUACUUCAUUAAGCUGGAGCAAGACGAACAAGAACGGCGUUCCGGGAAGGAAGAACAGCUGCUGACUUCGGACCAAAUUACGAUCGAGGGCGAAGAGCUGGAAAUCGAAAGCACCACGAUUAUCAAAACCGAAGCUAACCCGCUGGCCGAAGUCGAAGCACCACAUUUUGGCCUUCUGUACACCGGGAACUUCACCGAAGCCGACAGUGCCCGGAUUAAGGAAGAACCUAGGUAUGACGAUUUCAACGACGACCACGACGAAAUGACGGACGAGUCGGGGAACGCCAUCGAAGCGGUGAUAAUGAAACCGGAGAAGCGCCGAUGUUACGGCCGGUUUCGGUUCCCCUAGCGCGGAGAUUAGUUGGUCAAUAAAUGAUUUGGAAAUUUUUUGU